AUGUAAUAGUUAUUUUGGAAGAAAAUUGAAAUUGACAGCAAGAAACAUGGUCGUCCACCAAAGUUAGAGGAGUGUGUUAAUUUGGUGUAUUUGAUUGAUCAGAAUCGAUAUUUAUACUUUGGAGGCAAGAAUCCAUUCAAUAUUAAGGAUUUGUAAUAGGAAGAGAAGUAGCCAUCUCCUCCAAAAAGUGAUGGAAUAUCAUUUAAAAUAGGGGCACCAAAGUAGACAAGAGUGAGUAGUCCAUUUAGUAAUCAAGAAUGCUAAGAUUAUGUAUACAUUUUGGACCCAGCGACAUAUUCUUGGAGUAUCAAGAAAUGCACAGGUAAACCUCCUACUAGAAGAACAAGCGCAUAAGUUUGGUAUGAAGCACCUUUGUUGUAUGUGUAUGGAGGGAUCACAUAUGAGAAUAAAACUGUUAGUGAUUUGUACAUAUUGAAUACAGAGAAGUUUGUGUGGAAACGAUUCUUUUAUUUGGAAGGUCCUCCAGGCAGAUUGCAUUUUGGAUUCUCAACUUAAGGAAUGAAGAAAUAUUUAAUGGGUGGAGCAAGUAUGCCAGAAAAUUUAUUGAUGGAUGAUGUAUGGUAAUUGUCUUUUGAAAAUGUGGCAUGGGAAACUCAAUCACUGGAGUUACCAGGAAUUACUUGGGAGAAACUUCCGUUUGAUGAUAUGCCAGCUAUCAAGGCACACACUAUGAUAUAAGUAUCAGAUAAAGAAUUGUUGGUCUAUGGAGGAUUUAAUAAACAAAAAUAAUGUUAGGAUCGUUGUCUUUUAUUGGAUAUCGAGACUUAUGAUAUAAGUUAAUUAGAAUUGAAAGGGUAAUCACCUGGUUAGAGAGCAUUUCAUGAACUAUUGGUUGUUAAGGAGAACUUGUUGUGUUUGUAUGGAGGAUACAAUGUGAAUGAGAAUUAGUUAAAGAAUUCAGAUCCUUUGAAUGACUUAUAUCUAUUGAAUUUGAAUGAAGGGUAUUGGUCGAAACCCAUAGCUGGUGGCUACAUUCCAAUUCCUAGAUUUGGUUAUGUGAUGUCAUGCAAUUAAAAUGAAGUACAUGGAGAAAUCAUGUUGUUAGGAGGCAGAUUGAAUGAUGGGACUGUUGAUUAAAGUAUUUAUGUUUUGCAUGAAUUGGACAUGGAGGCAAGAGAGGCUUGGGAUGAGAAAGAUGAGAAGGAGAAGAAUAAAUAUGAUACAUAUAGAGAAUUAAAGAAGGAGAGUAAAAAUGUUACUGUUCCUACCAUGACAUUAGUAUUUGAUGAAGCUGAAAAAAUCAUAUUGGAAUAGAAAAGAACCAUUGGUGAAAAGGAAAAGGAUUUGAAAUAAUUGUAAUAGAACUCGCAUUAACUUGAAGAAAGAGCUGAGAAAUUGUAAGAGUAAAUCGAUAUUGGAAAAUUGAAGAUGGAUUAAGAUCUCGAAAAUACAAGAAUUGAAAUCACUGAACUCAAUCAGAAAGCCGAUCAAAGUCUUUCAACUAUCGAUAAGAUAAUGUAAUUAUUGGCUUUUGAAAGGAAAAAAAGAAAAUUAGUAUACAGAAAAGCUCUGGCUUUGGAAGAUCUUUAUAGAAAGACUUCCUUAUACAUAUUUGAGAUGGACAAAGUGUUUGUUAAGGGAUAGAGUGAGAAUCUUUUGGAAACAUCAAUAAAUGAAGACAUCCUGAAUCUUAUUGAUUAGAGAAAACAAGAAUAUAAAAACAUUCUCAUAUCUUUUCAUAAAUCCUUUGAAGAGAGAUACAAAUAAGAAAUGCAAGUAAGACAACAAAUCAGAAGCAACAAAGACAUUCUGAAAUAGUUCCAUAACAUCAACGAAGUGUACAAAAAGACUUUGCUCAAAGAAGACAGAGAAUACUUAGACAAGAAAAUAUGA